AAAGUUCUCUAUGAGUUUUUGGCAUAUUAACUUUGUUACAGCAUACUUUCAACAACACUUCCUGCUUAGACCAGUCAAGAUAUUUACCAUAUUUACCGUUACCAAAUAGAAGUUUUGUCAGGGUUUACCAUGUUAUAGGCAUAAACUUAAUUAUCAGAGAAACGAUACAUGAUUAUGGAGGAAGAUGUGGGAUACAUUAUAUAUACUAUAUAUUUCAAAUGAUGAAAGAAAAUACCAAAAAGUAAUAUUAAGGUGUUUACUAAAUAGUUUCGUCUGAUGACAACAGCUGAUCUUAUUGAAAUUUUUCGCAGCUAACUUCACACUUAACUGUUUCACCGUUAUAUAUUUGAAAAGCUGAUAUAGUAAGUUUUUUCUGUCAAAAUUUUGGUUUUUUAUGUUUCCUAUACAAUAUGGAAGAUCGAAAUCAGCAUCUUCAGCAUGUUUUACUAUGAAAAAGAUAAAUUAAAAUAUUUGGUUGAUGUAAAUCGUCGAAUGGCAAAAGGUCAAUGCCGAUGCUGAAUCUUUCAUGAACAAACUUAUUUAAUAAACUAGUAUAGUAACAUAAGAUAUACAAAAAGAAAUAAAAUCACAAAAUAAGUAAAAAGUAUUAAUACGAAAGUGCGAAUCAAGAUAUGUACUAUAUGUACAUUUGUUUAAAUUUAAUUAAUAUUCAAAAUGAAACAAUUUGUUAUUAUUAUAUAUAGAUAGAAAAAAUUAGUUAUUAACUUUUUCUCCAAGCACGUUGUUACUGUAUAGCCUUUUCCCUUUAAAGACAAAGAGAUGAUGACAAUAGAUGAAUUUAAUUAUUUGUAUCUCGUGCUGUAUAACUGCGAUCAGCAUUUUUGAUGGAUUGAAUUUCCAUCUGCCAAUCAACAGAACGUCAGGCCACACAUUACAAUAGUGACUCGAUAGAAGCUCCGGCAGCGAGUUCCGGAGACUUCGUUUUCGAACCCCUUAUAGUUCGGGCCUGGCACCAAGUUCCUGUCUAUGGCGAAUGAUGUUGCUUGUGAAAAAUUCGCCUCGAGAGAAACCAAUAAAAUUCGUCUUUUUUUGCUCGUUUUUUGCCAACGAGGCUUCCUAUGAAAAUAUCUGUUGUCAUACGAAACAGAAUCGGAUUAUUCAAAUGAAUGCUAAAUAUAACCUCCAAUUUAAAGCACAAAUAAUAGAUUUCUUUAUACUAGCCUUCAGUCAAAUAUGAACAGUGUAUUAGAAGGUGAACGGAAGAAUCUUUAACGAAAUUAAAAAGUAAAACACGCAACAUCGAUUUAGUGGAUAUGCGAAAAGUAUAGGGAAUCGGUUAAGAAUCGGCCAAAUAUGGCCGAUGCCUAAACUGAUUUUUUUGUUCGAUACAAAGCGAUUAAUCAUUCAAAUUCUAUAAAAUAUCUUAGCAUUUCACGAGAAUUAAAGAAAAUAAUGCGCGUUUCUUAGACACAGUAAAGAACCACCCUAUUAGAGAUAUGCAUUUCCACCCCCUAUUCAGAAGGGAAAGCAAAAGUCGCGGUAGACAUAUGUAUAUAUAAAUGUAGAUAUGUAUGUAGUAGCUUUUCCUUUGCGAUGAGCUUUUGAACUCUCGUCGAGGGUAAUGCUGCGAAAUGCCAUAGCAGUCUCAGCAAAUAAUACAAGCUUUGGCUUAGUCAGUCUUCCGCACAGUCCUUUUCUGUAACGUCCUGUAUUAGAACAGAUAAUAUACUCGAAUAUCCUUAGUUCUGUUUUGCAAAACGUUAAACCUUGAGUGAAACAAAAAGAAAGAAAUGUUCUACGCUUUUAUAACAAAUUUGUACAUACACGUUUACUCCCUUUCUUAGUUCGCUGAAAUGAAUUUAUGAAAUAUUAAAUAAAAAGUUUAAAUUAUAUACUACAUAUACAUAUGUAUGUGGGAACUCAGCAAAACUAGUGUAAAUAGAAAAAAUUCUGUGCCUUUAUAUGUCUUUACUGAAACCUGCACUUCUUCUGGAGUUUUAUACUUUAAUUUUACUGCAUAUAUGUAUACAAGAAUGUACGUUUUUUUAAUUGUAUCUGCUAUAUAGACAUUUGAUUUUGUCGAAAAUCACGCAAGCAACGUAUUGAACUGUGUAAUGAACCGAAACAGUCAAUUGAGUCCGGGACCCAGUGAUUAACGAAAGACUUGGAUUAAAUGAUAUGAAAUAUCACCAUUUUUUUUCCUACAAUGAACGGUAAUAAUUUGCAGCAAUGGUGGGAAAACACUUAUCGACAUCAUCAGCUGAAACAGGCUUUCGAUCCUCACGAUUUGCAUGGUAUCCAGAUACCUCCACUCGAUGCAAAGGACAUGGUCUCACAAUCAGAUAUGUUAGAACAGAUCGGUAACAGUGAUUAUGACGCCUUUUUAAAUUACACUUUAACACAUUAUCCGUAUGACAUAAACGCCUCAGAAGAUAACACCUUAUCUUCGCUUACAUUGCUUAUUAUGGUCAUAUUAUUUGGACUCGUAGUAUUUGGUGGCGUAUUGGGCAAUGCAACGUUAUUGUUCACGCUUUGUUCGGCUUCCUCCGUGAGAUUGCGUAAUCCCCUAUUAUUAGCCGUUUGCCUCGCUGACUUAUUAGUGACGGGACUUUCCGCACCUAUGACUUUAUUAAAUGUAGCCCUCAAUCGUAAGACGAACACUUUGCCACUGAUUAUAUGCAAAGUAAUUCACUUUGUGCAGAUAAUGCCGGUCGCCGCAAGUACAAUUUCAUUCUUCAUGCUUUCACUUGAUCGUUAUGCCACCGUAAGACACCCAUGCUUGGCACAAUUACGUCAGCGUCGUUACUUGCAUGUUUCAUUGGCACUAUUUUCUUGGACAGCAUCGGCUGUGCUCAGCGCGCCAUUUUUGUACACGUACAGCAUAAUUGCGAAAAGUGCAAUAACAAAUCUCGAUAUGCCAUAUGCAAUAUCGUCAGAAAUUUUAGAGGGCACGAGCGAAAAUGCUCAACAGGAAUCGUCUUUGAAAACCACAACAGCUUUGCCAAACGUCAGAAUAAGCUGCACUUCCGAGCUCGGGUCCAGUACAUUUUUCAUUUCUUUUAUUAUUUUUCAUACCUUUGCCGUAUUUAUUAUACCCGGUUUGGGUGUGCUAUUAAGUCAUUAUGGUGUACGUCAGAAAUUAUGUGCACUAUCUUUGACGGCGCGAGCAGCACAUGGUGAAUUACCACUUCCUAUGCCCAUACUCCGCAGGCAAACACACAUGGUUAUUGUAACUGGAAUCGCUAACGCUCAGCAGGCUGGAGGAUGUGCUGCAACCGAUGAUACCUCGAAUGAACCUGAUAUACAAAUGCAAAACUUAAAUCCUGGUUCCAUUAUCGGAAGAGGUCAGGAUUACAUCAAAUCCUCGAAUCCCAUAUCACCAAGGGCAAUGCGCGAAAUUCGGGCACAUUCACAACGUCAACGUAUUAACAAUAACGCAGGCUUGCGUGGACCAGCUGCCCCUGGUAUACCAUUACCACGAACUUCUACCCUACACUCAAGGCGUCGCCUAGCCAAUGUACUCAUAGCAUCGGCGAUAAUAUUCAUUUUAUGUUGGGCCCCCCACGUCUUUUGCAUAUUCUACAGAAGCUUUGGUUAUAAGCAUUAUUGUUCAAAGAGCUCCAAAUACUUUCAUUUGCUACUAGGUUAUACGUAUUCUACCAUUAGUCCUCUCAUUUACUGGAUACUCAACCACAACUCACUGAGACAAUCACCAUGUGCACCAAUCAUACGGCUGCGUUCCAUGCAAAAUUUCUUGCGCUCUCGCUUUCGCGCCAAUACAGUACCGCCACCGCCAUCUUCUACAAAUGAAGCUGCGCUUGGCGCUUUCAAUCCCAAAUUGAUUAAACUUACCCCAAAACAAUAUAGAGCUCAGGCAUCGUCUCAUUAUCUCUACUAGUUAGUGUGAUAUUAUUAAUUGAUUUAAAUCAUUCUUUGAAUUGAAUAUGGUAUGUACUUAAAUGUUACUUAACGGCUAGAAACUACUAUUUUAGAAGCUACAGACGUACACAGUUUUAGAUAGAGCAUUGGAUGUCAGUGUCUGUGCAGUAAAGCACGAAUAUAUAUACCUCAAAAUAAUGCAGAAAGUCGCCUUUUUAAGCUGAAUUAACAAACUACUAAGCUUUUUAACUAUAUUAUUUGAAUCACGUAGAUAUUUACAAAGCAGUGAAAACUUAAUUAUGAGUAUACAUAUGUACAUUAUACUAUUAUACUAUUAUUAAUAUAUACUUUCAUUGUAAUAUACAUAUAACACAGAGUUGAAGAGUUACCUCAGAAAAAUUGAUAUUUGUGCAAUUUUUUUUUUUUUUGUAAUUCUCAAAAUAAAAAAACAAUAGCUUAAUUCUGAAUAUGCAGUUAUGUUUAUUAUACUUUGUUCAUAGUACAGUUAGUAUAAGUCCACUAUGCACUACUAGACAUGAUGAUUUGCUCCAAAUUAGAGCGGAAUUUGGUCUAUAAGUGAUAAGUGAACGUAUACAACAAAUUUUGAAAGGAGACUUAAAUCUUAAAUAUAAAUCCAAAGUGUCUAAACUGCGCUUAUAAGAUCGCCAUAAAAACACAUGCAUCCAAAUUAAAGCGGAAUUUGGUCUAUAAGUGAUAAGUGAACGUAUACAACAAAUUUUGAAAGGAGACUUAAAUCUUAAAUAUAAAUCCAAAGUGUCUAACUGCGUUUAUAAGAUCGCCAUAAAAACACAUGCAUCCUUAUUCGAAAAAUACAAAUUCUAAGAAGUAGAGUUUCCAAAUUUGAUAUUUUGUGAUGAGAAAACAUUAAAUUUAGAUGGAAUUGGAUGGAUCUACAGCACCCACGCCCUACUUACUAUAAGCGCAAACAUGGCGGUGGAACUCUAAUGAUGUGGGCUGCUCUUAGCGCCAAAGAGAAGUCUCCCAUUUGCAUUGUCCCGAGUCGUACAAAAGCAAAAUAUAUAUGGAAUUGAUUGACAGUGAACUUAUCGCGUUUGCUAAGGCAUAUCAUUGCGACAACUGGGUGUUCCAGCAGGAUAACGCGAUUAUCCACGUCACAGGGUAUACUAAAGCCUUUUUUGAGUCGCGUAAUAUUCCCUAACUUCGGUGUCCGUCAUUAAAUCUAGAUCUGAAUUCAAUAGAGGAUUUAUGGGACAUACUUUCCGAAACAUUUUUUAGCUGAACAAAGCAGUAUGACAGCUAAAACAAGCCACUGAGGUGGAAUGGGAAGAUAAACCUUUCAAUACUGUAAAAGUUGGCCAAUUCUAUGAAAAAUUGGCUAAAAAAACUUUUGAAAAACAAGAACGGGGGUCCGAUUACAUAUUAUAUAAAUCGAAAAAAUUUCAUUCAAAUUGUUUAGCUAUUUAAAAGUUACUACUUAACUAAAAAUUUGAAUUUUGCACAAAUAAAUAUUUUCUAUAGUAUAAAACGAAGUUUUAUUAAUUUGGUUACUUUUUCUUUUAACAUGGUAUAUGUUUUUGUUUCUUUAAAUAAUACUUACUAACAUCAAACAUGAAUUAAAUAUGCAUAGGUUGACUAAAAAUUGAAAAAAUAGCACAAAUAUAAAUUUUUCUGAGGUACUUUGUUUAACAUUAUCUUUAAUUUUCUUUUAGAACAAUAUUACCUGUGUUUCCUAUGGUAUCGAGUUUUAUACUAUGAAAACAAAGAGACCAAACAUUUUAACUGUUUGGUGACCUAAUAACAAAUAUAUAGUUAAUUACUUGUAUAUACAUAAAUAUCGAUAUUAUAAAUAUGAAUUAUAAAUAUACAUAUAUACUUAGAUAUGUAUAUAUAUAUACGUAUGUAGAAUGAUGAAUUCGUAAUCAAAAACAAGUUAAAUAUGUGAACUGUUACAUAAUAUGUAUGCCUCUUUGAGACGAAUUAAUAUUUUAGUUUAUAAUCGACAUACAUGUUAUUAAAAUAUAUAAAAUGUGUAGUUCUCUAAUUAACUAUUAACUAUCCCUUGGAUUCAAAACUUAUAUAUUUUAUACAUACAUUAACUACUUUAAGAUACGCAUUCAUCGGAGCGUAUGUAUAGGAAUAUGUAUUCAUUUCUAACAUAUAAUUGUAUGUGAAUUUGAAAAAGUUAUUCGUUAAAUCAAAACGCGAUCAUAAACCGAUUUUAUUUAAAAAUAUUUUAUAACAAGUAAGGAAGGGCUAAGUUCGGUUGUGACCGAACAUUUUAUACUCUCGCAAUUUAUUUAUUUAAUAUUAUAUAAUAGCCAAUUUGACCCACAUAUUCGUCAUAUAUAUGAUGUAAAGUCCAUUGAAAGUUGGAAACCCUAAUAUUAGGUUAGAAGCACCGAGGUCCUCAUGUUCGAUAUAUGGGGCCUUGAAAACCUAUGGCCCGAUUUCGGUGAUUUUUUAAAGGGACUACCACACUAUAAAUGCAGUAUUUACGCAAAGUUCUGUUCCGAUAUCUUCACUAGUAUUAAUUUUAUAUAUUGUAGAGUAAACUAUUCAGACCGACUUCAAAGUUCUGGUAUAUAGGUAGUAGGCGUGGUUGUGAACCGAUUUGGCCUACUUUCAUAACAUAUCAUUGCGGUGCAAGGAAAAUAUUACAAACCAAAUUUCAUUGAUAUUGGUCGAGUAGUUUCGGAGAUAUGGUUUUUGGCCCAUAAGUGGGCGGAGCCACACCCACAUAAAAUUUUGUAUACCAAUUUGGGUGGAGCCCUUCUGUACCUUCUUUAUAAUUAAAGCAUUUUUAGUCGUUUUCAACAUAACCUUUGUAUGGGAGGGCGUGGUUAUAAUCCGAUUUUCUCCAUUUUUGGACUAUAUAAGGAAAUGCCUGAAAAAAACGACUCCUGAAAAUUUCGUUGAUGUAGCUUAAGUAGUGUAUGAGGUAUGUACGAAAAACUUAGUAGGGGGCGGGACCAUGCCCACUUUACCAAAAAAAUUACAUCCAAAUAUGCCUCUUCCUAGAACAAUCCUUUGUACCAAAUUUUAUUUCCAUAGCUUUAUUUAUGUCUUAGUUAUGACACUUUAUGUGUUUUCGGUUUUCACCACUUUGUGGGCGUGGCAGUGGUCCGAUUUUGCUCAUCUUCGAAAGCAAUCUUCCCACCUGCCAAGAAACAAGUGUUCCAAGUUUCAUCAAGAUAUCUUAAGUUUUACUCAAGUUACAGCUUGCACAGACGGACGGACAGACAGACAUUCGGGUUUGAACUCCACUCUUCACCCUGAUCACUUUGGUAUAUAUAACCCUAUAUCUAACUCGUUUAGUUUUGGGUGUGACAAACAACCAUUAUGUGAACAAAUCUAUAAUACUCUCUUAGCAACUUUGUGGCGAGAGUAUAAAAACAUUCAUAAAACGCACAACUUACAAUUAUUGUGUGUUUAGUACCGAAAUAUGUACAUUAAUGCAAUGUAUAUCAUCUGCUGUUAAUAAAACUUUUAAAAUUACAUAGUUGUGGCUAAUAUUUGUAAUAUUUCCGGCCAAAACAUUAAAAAGUAAUAAUUAAAACUUCACUUUACGGUACAUUUAUAAGCAUAUACAUAUGUAUUAAGCCUUAAAUAUGUACUCCUUUUACGCCAAACAUAUACAUUACUUUACUUUAGAGAUGUAUUAUAUUUCAAAGUAAAUAUAUUUGAAGAUACCUCUGUUAUGAGAAUAAGCGUGGUUGCUAUCAAAAAGUAGUUUAUAAGUGUAAUAACUACCAAGAUGUUAUUGAUUAAUUAAUCUUGUUUGUGCCCACACCUAAUAUAAAAUAAGACAGUAAUGAAGAUUUUAAAAUGUGUAUAAUGAAAAAACGUGUUGUAUCCAAAACAUAACAAAGAUUUUCGCUCUUGUUUCCUUCUUCGAUGUAUAAAUGUUAUACAACUAAAAUUGACUUCGCGCGUGGCUAAAUGAUAGCUAAUUCGGAAGAUUACUUUCUCUGAUUUCGAUACUUUAUUAUAAAGAUUAGCAUCCCUAUUUUUGUUUUCCAUUUCUCUCUUUCCCUCUGCCUCAUUUUAUUAAUUCUUACACAAACUUAGAUAUAGUAGUCAUAACUAGUAGAUCGGCAACUAAACAUCACUUGAGGUCACUAUUGACUUAAAAAAAUUAUAUUCUUAUAGUUAAUUGCGGCUUCUUAGUGCUGCAUAGGAUGUUUUUUUUUCCUU